AUGGAAUCAUCAUCUAUAAUAACAUUUCAAUAUAUAUUUAGAGUACCAUAUAUUAGAAGUAAAGUAAUUGAUUUCAUUGAUGAACUACCAAAGACGACAACAAAGAGAGUGUCAUCGUUUCAAACCAACAGACCUGCAUACAUCAAAGGCAAGGUGUUGAUCUCUCAAUCACCUGUACAAUGGUUUGAAUACUUUGCACUGCCUUGGGACUUUAUCAAACACUAUCUACCAAAAGAGACAUUAGGACAUAUCGAUCAACAAGCAAGAUCAACACUCAUCAACCGAUACCUGUGUCACCCAAAUGCCACUCUGUCUACACUUGUUCAUCUAUUGCAAUGGUCACCUGACUUUGUAUUGGAUGGGUCCAAGACAAUACCAAAUAUACUGGUAAAUGGUCAAUACGAGAUAAUGGUGCAUCUCGUACAGCUGUAUCCUCUUGUUUGCAACGGCGGUGCAAUUGACAAACAAGCUAUUGUCAAAGCAUCGGAAUCAGGCAACGUUCAAUUGGUCAGUUGGUUGUAUAAAGAGUACCCAGAUAUCAAGUGGGUGAAACCUUCAUUGAACGUUAUCUGUUUAAAUGGUCACUUUGAUUUGGUACAAUGGUUACAUGAAAACAAGAAAAAGGUUAUUUGUACAGCCGAUGCAAUGGACAAUUCGGCCAAAAAUAAUCAUCUAUCAAUUGUACAAUACCUUUAUCAUAAUCGUACUGAAGGAUGUACUGAUUAUGCAAUAGAUGCUGCAUCUGUAGGUCAUUUUGAAGUAAUCAAGCUUAUUCAUGAAAGUUAUAAAGAUUGUGGAAAGGUGUUAUGGACAUGUCAGGCAUUAGAUACAGCAGCUAAAUAUAAUCGUCUGGAUAUUUUAAUGUAUUUGAUUGAAAAUAAUCCAAACAAUUCUACCAUUGGGUGUACAACACGUGCUAUGGAUGGAGCGUCAGCGAACGGCCAUUUGGAUAUGGUGAAAUGGUUAAACACCAAUAGAACUGAGGGAUGUUCAAAGAAAGCUAUCGAUAAUGCCGCUAUGGGUGGCCAUCUUGAUGUCAUUCAAUUCCUAACUGAAAAUAGAUCAGUCGAAUUUACCUUUGUUGCAAGAGAGAAUGCUUCAAGAAUGGGACAUUUAGAAUGUUUAAAAUAUCUUUAUCAAAAUAUAAAAGAAGGUGAUUCUAUGUUUGCAGGUUUUUCAGAUUUUAGUUUUAUAGCUAGAAAUGGACAUUUAAAUAUACUAGAAUAUCUUUUAGAGCACGCUCCAAAACAUUCAACAAACUAUGCACUUGAAUGGGCGUCAACCAAAGGUCAUUUAAAAGUGGUAGAGUUUUUGUUGAAAAAUAUGUCUCGAGAUUUAGUCAAAAGAGAUAUUGUACAAGCAAUGUCUAGUGCAGCUCAACACGGACAUAUUGAAGUGGUCAAACUAUUUGAUAGUUAUUAUCACCAAGUUGCUGGUCUAUCACUUGGAUCAUUUUCACAUACAUGUUUUUUUGCCGCAGCCUUUGGACAAUUACAGAUUUUAAAGUUUCUCUUUUCAAAAGGCUAUGCUCAUUCUGUCAAUGAUGUAAAUGAAGCAGCUACUCAAGGGUACCUAGAUAUUGUCGAAUUCCUUUUAAAUCAACCGUCCUCUUCCAACAUUUCCCAAACACCAAUGAACAAUGCAAUUGAAAUGGGUCAUCUAGGUGUAGUCAAAUAUAUUUACGAGCAUAAAAGACAUGUAGGAUGUUCGCUUUUGAAAAUUGUCAUCUAA